AUGGCACAGUCGCUGCAGUGCCUGAUCGCACCGGCGCUGGAGACCGACGAGGAUCUGCAAGCACUGUACAACUGGGUGGACGAGAUCCCGCUCUCACGGCCCAAGCGCAAUAUCUCCAGGGACUUUGCAGAUGGUGUUCUUUUUGCUGAAGUCGUGAAUCAUUUCUUCCCUAGGCUGGUGGAAAUGCACAACUACAGCUCUGCAAAUGGAUACACGCAGAAGAUGUACAACUGGAAUACACUGAACCAGAAGGUCUUGAAGAAGCUGGGCUACCAGAUUCAUCAACAGGACCUGGAAGACAUCAUCAAAGCUGCUCCUGGUGCUGUGGAACGAGUACUUGCUGUGCUCCAUUCCAAGGUGGACCUGGCAGCCAACCGCCAAUUAAAGGUUGCCAUGCCAAGGGCUUCGUCCCAGGGCACACCAGGCCGGCCACCAGCCCCUGUUCCUGGCAGUGGCGGGAGCAGUGUGGCAGGAUCUGCACGUGGCCAGGAGGCAUCUCCCAUGCCGCCCUCCAGAAUGCAGAAGGCGCAGCUGGAAGUGGACACUGAACUUCUUUUGGAGAAGGAACAGGCCAUUGCCGAGUUGCGUGAGAUGGUUGGGAUCAUGACCGAAAAGAUCAAGAAACUGGAGCAGCUGGUCCGAAUCAAGGACUCGAAGAUCGAGGCAUUGACGGGGAAGCUCCAGAAACAUGGCUUGGCCUAG